AUGUCGCAGAUAUUGGUGCCGCGGGUGUCGGCAUGCUGCUGGCGGUCGCUUUUUGCAGAGAUCCAACCUCAACGUCAGUGGUCCAGGUCUCUAGUCACCCUGCAGCGAGGUCCCGUCGAAAAACUCGCAAUUCCAGAGUCUCUCCCACCACAGUUUCGGUCUCAGAUCCCCCCACGACUCAGACCUGGCAGAGAUAAACGAGAUAUCACAGUCCACGAAUCACCCGUCUCCGAAGCUGCCCUCUGCAAAGAUCCGGUCUCUCUCAUCGACCAGCGACAACUCGCCCUGCUAGACCCCACGGGCGCACGAGCGCGGCUCUUCGACAAGACGAACAAGGACCGAGCGCAAGUCGGUGACAUCCUGCUGGUCACGUUCAAGACCGGCGAACCCGUUUCCGGGACGAUACUCUCCAUCAAGGGAUCCGGUCCUCACAUAUCGGUACUGCUGAGAAAUCAGCUGACGGGCAUUGGGGUGGAGGUGCUUGUCAAGGUACACAGUCCGUUGGUGCAGAGCAUGGAAAUCGCCCAACGGGCGCCCAAGAGGAAGAGACGUGCCAGGUUAUACUACUUGCGGAAGCCGGAGCAUGAUCCUGGUAGUGUACAGAAGAUUGUUGAUCAGUACGUGAGGCAGAGGGCUAUGUUGAGUGGCGGGGGAAAGACGACACGGCAGCAGCACACUGGCCCUCGUGGGAAGAAGGGAAACAGAUGA